ACACAUCCUUUGGCGGGUUAGAACGCAAAGUUGACCCUUUUGACCUUUCGUUGUCUCAGAAACCAAAACAAAAAUGGAUGCUUUUGAUGAAGACAACGACGACAGUUUUGGUUCUGGUUUCAACGACGGUUUUGAAGAAGAGGGGUUUAGUUUCUAUGACGAUGUUGUUGUUGUUGAAGAAGAGGGUUUUGCUUCUGAUUUCUACAAGGCUGGUUCUGAUUGGUCUUGUUUGUUGGGAGAAGAAGAUGAAGAGACGGAUAAGGUUACUCCAGAGAGUAAGAAGAUGAAACAAACCAACUUGUUUGAUGUUUGGGGUUUAGAGAAGUUCACUCCUGUGACGAAUAAGAAGAAGACAACGAAACAAACGGACUUGUUUCAGGUUUGGGGUUUACAAAAGCCUUCUCCUUCUACUUCCACUUCCCCUGCUUCAUCGUCUGCGAUGAAGACGAGUUCUGGUUCUAGAAAGAGAUUUAGAGACUCUCCAUUGGGUAAUGACACGCCUCGACAGUGUCCUUUUUACAAGAAACUUCCAGGAACACCGUUUACGGUGGAUGCGUUUCGUUAUGGUUGUGUUCAAGGGUGUUCUGCUUACUUCCUUACUCACUUUCACGCUGAUCAUUACAUUGGUCUCACUAAGGCUUGGUCUCAUGGUCCCAUUUACUGCUCCUCCCUCACUAGUCGUCUUCUCAGACUUAGUCUCUAUGUUAACCCCUCGUUUAUCCAUCCGUUGGAGAUAGAUGUGGAAUACACUAUUAAUGGGAUCAAAGUGACUUUAAUUGAAGCUAAUCAUUGCCCUGGUGCUGCCCUUAUCCACUUUCGUUUGUUAGAUGGAACAUGUUAUCUUCAUACUGGAGAUUUCAGGGCUUCUAAGCAGAUGCAAACUCAUCCUCUCCUCUUUAACCGAAGAGUUCAUGUGCUGUAUUUGGAUACAACCUAUUGCAAUCCGAGAUACAAAUUCCCCUCUAAAGAAGAUGUGUUAAGUUAUGUAGUGAGAAUCACAAAGGAGUUCCUAAGGAAACAACCGAGGACUCUGAUUGUGGUUGGUUCUUAUAGCAUUGGAAAAGAAUGUGUUUAUCUAGCUAUUGCCAAGGCACUUGGGGUUAAGAUAUUUGCUAAUGCUUCAAGAAGACGGAUACUGCAAUCUUUUGGAUGGGAUGAUAUUUCAAAGAACCUUUGUACAGAUGGGAAAGCCACUUGUCUUCAUGUUCUGCCUAUGUCAGCAUUGAAAUUUGAAAGACUAGAGGAACACUUGAAGGCUUAUAGAGAACAGUAUGGAGCAGUUUUGGCAUUUAGACCCACAGGUUGGACUUACUCCGAGAAGGUAGGUGAACACCUUGAUCUGAUAAAGCCAACUUCAAGAGGGAAAAUUACCAUUUAUGGAGUUCCAUAUAGUGAGCAUUCAAGCUUCACAGAACUUCGUGAGUUUGUUCAAGUGCGUACCAUAAAUGUUGUUGUUAUCUAUUCGUGUCUGUCUUGGAUAAGAUUUGAGACUUCUUUUGGCAUUAAUUGGUUUCGUUUUCACACAGUUUUUAAGGCCAGAUAAGAUUAUUCCUACAGUGAAUAUCUUCAAUGCUGAGAGCCGCGAGAAAAUGCAGUCAUGUUUUAGAGACUGGCUCAGACGCUGAGAUUCAACUUUAGGUUGACUGCUUCCUAUUGGUAAGAACACUAAUAACUUCGGAGGCUCUAGCUGUAAUAGCUUUGGAGGUUCUCACUGAAGCUUGUAGGGAGCUAGGGAUGCUUAAUGCUUAUAUAACAUCCUGGAUAUUGCAACUGUAGAAUUGAAGUACUUUCUUGAUUAUUCUCUUUGUAAUCUUGUAUUCUUCAACUGGCUAAUUCUUUUAGUUAUAAUGAUUGG